UAUGAAAAUGCAGGGGCUAAAGUUCAAUUUGUAUUUCGUCACUCUUCGAGCCUGAUUCUCAAGGCGGGAAAGCAGAGAGAGAGAGCGAGCGAGAAGAAUGGACAGAGAAAGCUUUGGUAACGACUUGCAGAGCAUACUGAAAGCCAUCAAAUCUUCAGAUGUUGUUGAGGACCGUGUUCAAUUGCUUUCCAGGCUUUCCAAUUUAGAAAUAUCUGAGAAAUCCGACUUGGUUUCUCUGGCCGAAUGGCUCACAACACUUUGGGAAGAUUUUACCUGUUUGGAUGUAUCCCAAUGCAUGUUAAACAAGGGUAUAUUACAUGUGGCUGCAAAAUUCUUUGAGUCAGGCAUAUCUGGGUGUCUAGGACAAUUUCUUACCCUUGGGAUAAAGGCUAGCAUAUGGUGUGGAAAGCAUCUGAAGCUGACACUCAUGUCAACUGGAGACUCUCAAGAAGAAGAAGAACAUUCAAUCUUCUUUUUUCAGUUGCUUCUUGAUUUGUUGAGCUUUUCUGCUGCUAGUUUUUCAACUUUAGCAAGAUAUCCUGUCUUGAAGGACAAGAUUCUAAUGGGCACUCUUGAGAAAUUUAUCUUGGAACAGUUAAAUAUUACAAAGGAUUCAGUGUCAGAGAUUAAGAGAAUUGAUUCAUUUGGUUCAGAAGUACUGAAAGUGGUACAACUAGUCCUUGAUGCUGUGAUAGAAUUAUCAAAGGUGUAUUCCCAAUCUAUAAACUGGGAGAUUUGUGACGUACGAGCUGAGAAAGACAAUAGCACUAUAAAAUGUGAACAGGCUGAUGGCAGAAAUCAUAUUGUUAACAUAAUAAAAUGUGCAAUUGAAAAAUUGUUUGAAUUGGGCAUUGUUGCAGCUAAUAAUGGUGGCAAUCUGGUGGCCAUUCUUAAUAUGUCGUGGAAAGGUGUGGUUACCUUGCUUCAGCUUGGCAAGGGGACUUUAGCAGCAGAGGUGAAGGUUUCUGAUAUAAUUCUGACUCUAAUUUCACUGGCCAAGGAAGCUUUAAAAAGUGCAGCCAAGGCAUGGUCUUCUUCCCUGAAGGAACCCAUUUCUUCAGCAGAAGCGAAAAGGACAUUGAUUCCUGCAAAAUUUUACCUGAUCAAUGCAGUAAGAAUAUUGUUGUUAUAUCCAUGUGAAGCCUUUUUACUCUAUAAGGAGAUGGCGCUUUGUGUUGUGAUGAUUUCAACCUUUUCAAUUUCACUAACCAAAGAAACUUUUCUGAGAAAUGCAAGUGAAGCUGUGGCAGAAUUUUUGGAGCCAACAUCUUUUAGUUUACUUAAAUCCUUACUAAAUUCAGAUCAAGUGAAAGGGGAACUUAAGUUCCAAAUUUUGGAUUGGGUGUUCACUGAUGAAAUGGAUUUAAUUUCAACCCAUGGGAAGCCCAGUAGUUAUGAUGGGAUGAUUUCAAUGGAUGCAAUCUUUUCAGUGGGCUGUGAAGCAAUGCCUAGGUCAAGAGUAUUGUUGCUUGGACGUGUUGUUUUCUUUCUGCGUCUUUUGAGAAGUUCUUGUGAACUUCAAGAAGAUGUGAGAUUCAGGAUAGCUAGAAAGCUUGAAUGGCUUUUGAAUAUUUUGAUUGAUGAAGAGGUGUAUUGUUCAGUGCUUGUCUUGCAAAUUCCUAUAUUUCAUGACACUGGAAAAUCCCAAGAGUUAGCUUGGCAGCCAAUGUUUUAUUGGCUUUUGCAUACUUUGAAAAGCUUCAUGAUUGUGGUUUCUUCAAGUCUAGCCUGGGGAGAAGUACUAUAUUUCCUGCUUGAGAAUGCCUUCCAUCCUCACUUCCUUUGCAGGGAGAUUGUCAUGGAACUUUGGUGCUUUAUGGCACGUUACGCGGACGCACACGUGGUGAAUGAUGUUGUUGAUAAACUUAGCUCAUUGUUGAAGUUAGUGGCAUCUUCUCAAUCUGUUCUUAUUCCUGGAUGCGCAUUCAGAAAGUUGGCAAGAUCAAUCUGUGUGCUUCUUACUUGUAGCACUCAAUCUACCAUAGAUCGAUUUUACAGUUCUAUUAUUGGUGACAAGAGAUCUCAAACAUCAUGUCUUUUGAGUGUGGCCCUUCUUAUGGAGGGAUUCCCCCUCACAUUGCUUACAGACAAUAGAAGAAAUAAAGCCGUGGAAAAAAUUAUUAUAGAUUAUUAUUGCUUCAUAGAGAGUUCUGAUGAUGAGUCGUGUGGUUCUGGUUUGUUUGGAGUACCAAUUUUUGCACUCUCUGCUGCCUCCCAGUCUCUCCAGAUGAGCACAGCUGAUAUCGACAUGAAAACCUUGAAGUUUCUAGUUGCUAUCAUUCAGAAGUAUAGAAAGUCUGUUGACCACCAGAGGAAGGAGCACUACCAUAAACUUUUGAGUGAAACAUUAAGGAUCAUCUCUAACACAAAGCAUCUAUAUGCAUCCGAUGAAAUGGAAGAAGUUAUCUUGGAGCUUCAAAAAUUGUUUAUCUCGGGGGGAGCAGCCUCAGACACUAGAUUGCAUCAUUGCAAACCAGGUUUGGCUUCCUUCAUGGCUGGACUGGGACACAUGGAGCUGGCAGAGACUGAGACAAGUUUGAAAAGCUCUGCCGUAUGGGAUUUGUAUCAUAUGCUAUUGAUGGAACGUCACUGGGCACUUGUUCACCUUGCAGCCACAGCUUUUGGAUAUUUUGCGGCUCGUACGUCUUGCAAUCAACUGUGGAGGUUUGUGCCACAAAAUGCGGCUCUUUCAUUUGAUUUAGAUGGAAACGAGGCAAAGGAGGAGAGAUUCAUGUUUGAACUGAAAGCAUUUCUUGAGAAGGAAAAGGCUAUUUGCACCACUACACCAAGCUCUGAGGAGCUUGGUUUGCUUGUGAAGGAAGGUCUGAUGCUGAAAGACAUGGUUCAAAAUAUCAACAUUGAUUUGGAUGUGACUGAAGGCAUGGAACUUGAUGGUGACAACCAAGCCAACAAGAGAAGGAAACUUCCCGAUGGAAUAAGCAGAGGAGUGGAAUUGUUACAGAGUGGUUUGAAGGUCAUUGGUGACGGUCUCUCCCUGUGGCAGCCACAUCAUUUUGAUUCCACUGAACUACAUGACAAGUUCUUGACUCAAUUUUCUCGUCUUGAAGAAAUGAUUGAUCACUUGAUCAACAACCUAGCAGGUAGCGGGUGUCUCAAUCUGUCUGGGUGUUUGGAUGAUCCAUGGAAAUGAAAAUGCUUCAUUGCGUUUUA